UCGUUGGAACGGUGCGGUCCGUCCCGGUGGUCGUUACGGUGAAGUGGCCUACGGCUACGAAUUAAAUUGAUUGAUUGAUUGGUGGUCAGCCAGCCUGCAGCUAAGAGCAGAAACGCAGAAGCUAGUGCAGUGGUCGGUCGGAUUAACCAGGAAUAUACUUUCAAUCGCGGUGGAUGUGACGGUGUUUUUUUUUUGCUGUUUUUCUGUCGGCUUUUAUCAGCAGCAGUGGUGUUUUCCACGAAAUCAAUCUUCUUUAGCUUGUGCACGUAUUGUGUGAGAAUUGGGGAUUCAGAUUCGGUGAAAUUUGCGGGUCGAUAAGGUCUAAUCCUAUACGAAUGGAGUAACAAGGAGUGGCCAGAAUAUCUGUGGGUGAAAUGUUUGCUGUUAAUCUUUCGAUGGGCAUUGCGAUGUGGUGCAACUGAUCAGUGAUCUUCUUCAUAUUCUGGAAGCCUGUGUGGCGAUUAGAAAGCUUAAGGUGGAAGUAUAUGGUGUUAAGAUAACAAAAGCCUACUUAUUUGUUCAAAGGAAAGUGUUUGGAUUUUGGUUAGUUCAUAACAACGUUGUUUGCGGUGCUGGGAAAAAGUGAAAUUUCACCUUGGCUAGGUGUGUUUCUGUGAAAGUUCUUUGUUGAAAAAGUCUGCAGAUUGGGUUGAAAAAAAGGUAGCAGACAUCUCCCUCAGCUCACACAUAAAAACCAGGAGUUUGGGUGAACCCAUUGGAUUGGAUCUAAAUCCGUUGUUUCUUCGACUGGGAUUGCAAAGGAGUGCAAUGAUCUAAAGUUUUAAUCACAUCGGAAUUCUUGUUCUAUUCCAUAAAAUAAGAUCAAACAAACCCCUCUUAAAGCAGAAGCAGCCACGACGACGACGACUACGAAACAAUUCAGGAGGUGGUCCAGGCCUUCCAUCGAGUAGCUAUGGAAGGACCUAGAAUCUGCAGCUCAUGUCCUCAGCUCCUGCCAAAAAUCCAAACCACCGAACAGUCCCGUAGAUGUAGCAAACUCACAGCCGCAGCCAGCAGCCACUCCCACUACCAAAACAAACGCCAUUCAUCAACUAGCUCAACAAGUCAAAGCUCAAAACCACAAGCCACCAUGAUCUCGUCGUUAGUAGCAGCAAAGGCAAAGUCAAAAGCCAAAGCCUCCAAAUCUAGCCGCCAAUCCUCCAGUCAACGAAGUUGGCGAUUUCGAAGGCCCUGGGAACUGAUGACGGCGGCAGCGAUCUUUCUGCUAGUGGCCAUCUUCAGUUCCAGCAGCAGCUCUGUGCAAGCGGAUUCGAUACUGAAGAUCCGCAAGACUGAUUUUACCCGUUUCCGGGAGUCGCCGGAGUUCGUUAGCUCCACCGCGUACAAUGCCCGCGGAAUGGCCCCGCUCUACAAUCUGACCAACAAUGUGCUCAAACUGUUCGUCGAUACCAACCCGGUGCCGGAAGGCUACCUGAUCGUGCGGGAAGCGCAAAUCGGACCAGGGCCAAAUGUUUCGGAGAACAAUUUCGGUCCGCUGCUGAAGCAGUACUGGGCCGUCCUUCUGGUGACCGUCAUCUGUGUGCUGCUGAUCGUGCUGAUGCCCAUCAUCGGGCUGUGUCUGUGCUGCUGCCGAUGCUUCGGAGGAUGUGGAGGACGUACGCAACCCUUCGACAAGAAACACGACACCUGCAGGCGGGUCAUUCUCGGGUUGUUGCUCAUCUGUGCCGCCUCGUCGUUGGUCUUCGGUGUGGUGAUAGCGUUCGCGACCAACAGCUACAUGCAGCACGGAGUGGAAAACAUCACAGUCUCAGCCCGACACGGUGUGGACGACAGCCGCACCUUCCUGCAGACCACGAGCCGGCAAAUUUCCAAAGUUCUAGUCGACAACUACCAGGAGUUGAGCAGCACGAUUCUCGGCACCCUGAACGAUGCCUCGGAGAUUAUCAUCAGCCGGCUGGAGCAGCAAUCCAAGGCCGAUAAUCUGAACACGCUCAACGAAUUUUUGGGCCAGUUGCCGGCGAUCCGGGAAAAUCUGGACCGAAUGACCCUGCUAACGCGGGAGUUGCGGGUCAACGCAUCCCAGCUGAAUGACGGAUUAAGAGGCGUCAAGCGUGAGCUGUUGGCCUCGUUGACCAAAUGUGGCACCCAGGAGUGUAUCGACGUUAUGGAAAAUUACCGCAUCGGUCGUCUGGAUACCAAUGGAAUCGAUUACAAUUCGAUACAAGAUCGAUAUUUUCCACGGCUGCCCGAUUUGACCGAAAUCACCCGCAGUGUAGAGGACCUGGUCAGCGGAGACAUCGAGAAAGAUGUUCAGCGGGGAGUCCGGGAGAUGGAAAGCCUCAAACUCCGGCUGAAGGAAACGGUACGCGAAAGCAUCCCCAAGAUCACUUCGGCGACGGACAAAACUGGCCAAGAGAUCCGUGCCGUUGCCAACGAGCUUACCUCUAGGUUGAACAAUGUGGCCGACUUUUUGGGCAACAACAGCUACCGGUCGCUGGAAACGGCCGAUGAGUACAUUGAUCGGUACAGCAUCUACCGGUACUAUGUGGGCUUGGGAAUCAGCUCGGUGCUGCUGUUGAUCCUGAUGUGUCUCUUCUGUGGACUGCUGUGCGGAAUCUGCGGAAAACGACCGGACGGAUAUGGGGACGAUUGCUGCAACAAAGGUGCCGGAGGACGCUUCCUAAUGUUUGGAGUGGCCAUCAUCUUCCUAACGUUUUCGGUUAUCCUGAUCGUCACGCUGGUAUCGUUCCUGGUGGGAAGCGUUUUCAGAAGAAGCAUCUGUGAUUCGUUGGGAAAUCCCAGGGACAGUCAAAUGUUCGAGUACAUCGACGUUUAUUUCAACAUCAACAAACAAUACGAACAGAUCCGUACCAAAGGACUGGGCAGUCGAUCGAAGCUACUUCGCCAAGGACCAAACCGUCAGGUUGAAGCAAUCCAGACGGCCGAAAUUAUCGAAUCCUGCAAAGCUAACAACACAAUCUAUGAGGUGUUGAAAUUGAAAAAUUUCUACGACAUCAAUGACAUUCGCCAGUUCCCGGAAGAGUACGGAAUCACUCAGCAGUUGAAAGAUUUGAAGAAGCAGAUUCGCAUCGAUGAAGUAGAUAUUUUAUCGGAACAAGCCGAAAGGGACAUCGAGGAACUCAGGCAUUCGCGUUUGAACGAUUUCCACUCGGAACGAUUUGUGGACAAUCUCACACAUAACAUCACUGAGAACAACUUGAACGACAUUGCCAAAAAACUUCGAGAAGUAGCCAACAAGGUGCCUUCGGGUAAGGAAAUGAACGACAUCAAAGUCAAUCUAAAGAACCAAGCCCUGCAUCUGUCCUCAUACCAGGCAAAUCUUGUGGAACCCAUGCUUCGCUACACGAACGAAUUGGUGAACCUGUCGACAUCGCUGGAGAAAUCAAUCAAAUUCGGCAAGGAAUCGUUCGCUGUUGCGAUCGGAGAUUUCCUCAAAGAUAUCAAGGAGGCAGAGGAGUAUAUCAACGAAAAAGGGCAGCCGUUCGUGGAAGCCGUGGCCAACGAACUGACUGAAGGUAUCCUCGAUCAAAUUCAUUCGUAUCUGAGUUUGGUGAUCGAAGAAACCACCAAACAAAUCGGUCGUUGUGGACCGCUGGCCAACGUUUACGACUCCAUGUCGGUGGCCACCUGCAAUCGAAUUGUGGAUCCUUUCAACGGAUUCUGGGCCGGAGUUGGAUGGUGUCUGGCAGUCUUUAUCCCGACAAUCAUCUUGUGCGUCAAGCUGUCAUCGUUGUACUCGAAAUCGGAUCCUUACCCGGGACCGCUAGUCGAAUCUGAAUAUCUGUACGAUGCCUACAGUGAGCGGGACAAUAUUCCACUGGCAAGCGGACCGAAAAACAAGCGCCGCAAGAAGAAUGAUCGCCGGCGUGAUUCGCGGGAUCGGCGAGACGUCUACUACGAAGAUGGAAGCCCCUCGGGAGGACACAGCCGAGAGCCACGGUAUAACGAUAUGGCACCAAAGAACUGGGACGGUGCUCCGCCACGCUAUCAAAAUCCUCCCAUGGCCCCGCCAUCGACCGAGUACGAGCGUCCCCCGCCCUACUACUAUCCGGGAGCUCCCAGCGAGCCCGAGUAAGCAGCUAGCUAAAGGAGGAAUACGAACUCGAAAAUACUCGAAUGGAAUUUUGAUGGAAAUUUGCUGGAAUGGUUGGAGCUCUUGGAAGAAGCAGAGGGCUAAGGAUGUGAAUACAAAGAAAAACACACACAGAAAAAUCACCAAAAUGGCAUUUGCGAAUAACACAUAUAAGAAAUAGUUUAUAGUUAGGGGUCGCCUCGUUGCGGCCGUUCGUUAUGUGUAAUUCUCUUGUCGGACGAAUUCUUUAUGAUAGAUCUUUUUUUUUCUUCCCCUAAAUCUACAGAUACUGUAUGAUAGGUAAAUGAAUUUUUUUCCCAGGUUAAUCUAUAAUCUUUGCUAGAUAUCUCCGUGUACUGAGGAAGCUAAAACACCGUUGCUGGUCGCCGAGUGAGAAGAAUUGGUAGUUUUGUUUUAGUUACUUUUUUUUAUGUAAGACUACUCAUUUCAAUAAUAAUGAUGAAUCGAUGCAAACCGUGUAUUCCAUUCCACAAAAACUAAAUCUAUUGAAAAUUGUGAGCGAUUGCUCAACAUAACGGUAGUCUAUAAAAAUUAUAGCUGAAUCGGCAGAGUUCAUAGGAAAAACGCUCAGUAGGCUGUUACUUUUGAGUAUCUCUAUAACAAAAAUCACAAUGAGGUAUGACGAACUUUUUGUCAUAUCGGCAUACUUGGAUGAUUCAUUUGAGCAAGAUUGACUUUACUAGGAAAAAACAAAGACCACAUAAAAAUUCUUACAAACCAUUAAUGGGACUAAAUAUGUUUAAUCAGUUGAAAACUGCCAUUUUUAACCGGAGGAUGCAUCGAUAAGCGUUUUCUGGUUUCACCAUCUGCCAUCGAUAUAAACCAACCAGUAUCUUCCCAAUUCUCUUUUUUGGGUUCAUAUAUGAAAGACAGAUUCGAUGAAGCCUGAUAUACAUAUUGUCUUUUCUAUUUUAUAAACAUUGUCGAUAAAUGUGAUUUAAAUUGAUUCAUCCAUACUCGUUUUUUCGAAGCAUUGCCGUUUGAGAAUUUUUUCCUAUUCUACUAAUCACUUCUUUUCAAGGAGCGGAAAGUAAAAGAAAACUUCUCAAACCGGUUCAAAUUACAGUUUAAUGUUCGAACGUAUAGAUCCGUUUAUUCUAUCUACUAUGUAUAAUGAAAUUUAGAUCUAUCAUUGAUUGAAGCACUAAUCAAAAAUCGUUUUUUAUAACAAAGAAAACCCUAGAUAAAAAACGCUCACAACCAACUAUAUAUGGAAUACAUUUAUAGAUGAAAAGGCUGAUUAAAUCAUAGAAAAGAACUAACAAACAAGUAGGAACCGAUUAAGGUGGAAAUUUAGCCUCUUGAAAUGAAAAAGCCCAUUUUAUUGUAGCAGCAGCGAAUAUAAGUUUGAAUCAACUUUUCAUUCCUGCAUCAACGUAGAAGUUCUUUAAAAAUUUGCUAGUGAUAUUUUCCUCUAUUAUUUUUUUUUUUAAUUUUCUCCAUAGUAUCAAUGCGAUUUAGAAGCUAAUGGAAGAAUCUCUCUCUUGGUUGUUUAUGUUUUUUUUUUGUUUCCCUAUCUUUUUUAAAUUUUUAUUUCAUAGUUUAAAUAUUCCAAAACGAUAAAAGUUAACUAAAGUGCAACCAUUUUGUGGGACAGAAGUGUGAAUCGAAACGAUCGAAAUUUUCAAAUCAAGCACACCCAUGUUAAUAACAUUGUACAGAGCGGUAAAUCUACAGAAGUGUCAUCUGCUAUAUAGGAAGCGAAAAUAAAAACCCAGUUUUCGAGGCUCCGCUCUUUGAUCGAAGCGAACGGAGAGCAAUUCCUUGCAUUUAGAUUUUAACAAAAAAAAAAAAAAACACCCACACAUACACAUUUAGAGCGAUAUGCUAGUAUAGACGAACAGAAUCGUUCAAAACAAAAUAUAUGGAACAGAAAAAAAUCGAACGAUUCGGUAGGAAAACAUACAAGUAGUAGGAACACUUUAUAUUUUCUACUGAAUAAUCGGAAUUACUCAACUCAACACAAUGCUGAAAACUAAGCGAUAGUAGUAAAACCAGAUACAUUGAUAAAAGACUUUAACUUUAAUUGUAAACUCUAUAUUAAUGUGACGAGAUAAGUAAAUCAACCCAAUUUUUAAAGUGUAUAAAUACAGACGACAACUCUAGGUGUUUCAAUUGAAAAGUAACCGAAAUUUAGGUUUUCGCUCUGCAUAUAUUAUUGAACCCGCAACAGAAUCCAUUCGCAUCCUUAUACAGAAAAACAAAUUUGCAAUUUGCAAAAAAAAUGUAAGAAAAUUCAUUGUUUGAAGGCAUUUGAUUAGAACGUAUCUUUUCUGAGUACGGAUAGGCGUUUUCCGCACAUCAUCCCGGAGAAGUAGAUACAUUACAUCGUACAUUUUGCAUUUCUGAUCUACCUACGAAAGGAUACAAUACAAAACAAUUAUCUGUGACGAAUCAUUUUAAAAGUACCAAUAAAACAAAAAUCAGAUACUGAAA